AAGAUGUUUUACACCAACAGAGGGCCACAGUGAGACAGGUUAGGAUCUCACAUGAGCUCUGAUUGGCUUAAAGUGUGGAGUGAGGCUCCAUGGCACACAUGUGCAGGCUGGUGACCGGCAGCGCGGCCAGCUGUGCAGGCUGGGUGGGGGUCAUCGUCGCCACGGCCACCAACGACUGGGUCCAGACCUGCGAGUACGCCCUGGCUACCUGCAUCCGCAUGGACGAGCUCGGUACCCGGGGACUGUGGGCUGAGUGCACGAUCUCCCCGGCGCUGUACCACUGCCAGGCGCUCAGCCAGAUGCUCAGCCUGCCCGCUUACGUGCAGACGUCUCGUGCCCUGAUGAUCUGCGCAUGUCUGCUCGGCCUCCCCGCGAUGCUGCUCGUGCUCAUGUCCAUGCCCUGCGUCCGGCUGCAGAAUGACAACUUCGCCGUCAAGCAGCUGCGAGCCCGCGUGGGGGGGGUCCUCUUUAUCCUCAUGGCUUUGUGUGGCAUCAUCUCCACGGUGUGGUUCCCGAUCGGCUCUCACCAGGAGGAGCAUUUGAUGUCGUUCGGGUUCUCUCUGUAUGCCGGCUGGGUGGGCUCCGGUCUCUGCCUCCUGGGGGGCAUCACCAUCCUGUGCUGCCAGGGCACUGACCCCGGGACCCCCGGCCGCGACAACAGCUUCUACUACUCCCGUCAGAGGGGCACCGCCACGCCGCUGGACCCCCCCGCCAACCACGCCAAGAGUGCACGAGUGUGAUCACUGAAAUUGAUCAGCAUAAGACUGCAUCUUCUUUUCUUACACUUAGAUUUGAUAUGUGUGCAUGUAAGGGUUUAUUUCCAAACUUCUUUUGGGGCACAAAUAAUCACAUUGGUCAAAUUGUUGUAUUCUAUACGCAGAUUUUAAAGUUUUAUCAGCCAAUAAUGUCAGCCAAAAAUGUUGUUUUUAAUGUUAUCUGUCACAUUUUUGUCAUUGGUAAAUGUGUUGUCUAUGGUAGAAUUUUUGAAAAAGUUUAACUAGCGAAUGUUUUCAUCGGUUGAAUUUCUUUUUUUUAUUACAUUCCCAUUUAAUGAAACUGCAUUGUCACUAACAUUACAAGAGAGAGGUAUUUUCUCCAGAAUUAUAAUUCAAUUUACGUAUCAAGCCGCAAUGCAACAGUGUCCUAAUCUGCGUUCUCUCUAAUAUCCACUGGUUGAUUGUACAGAAGUCUAUGAAAAAAUGACCCUACUACUGACUUGAUUUAUUACAUAAGCAAAGAUCUUCCUGAUAAAUGUAUGGUCUCAAUCUUUAGUUAUAAGUCUUCUUCAAUACAGCAAGAUGUUAAUGUAGUACAUGUUGGACACAUUCAGAGUGAAAUAGAUGACAAAGCAAAGUAUGCUUUAGGACGGGGCUACAUUGUGAUUGAUAGGUCAAUCUUUUGCAAAAAGGACCCCUUUCUCGUGUCAUUGAGAAUGCAGUUUCAUUGAAUGAUAAGGUAUUUUUUUUAAGUUUAACAUUUUAAGAAUCUGUGACUUUCAUAAUGAUACUUUAAAUAGCAUGAAUACAUUUUGAAAAUAUCACCUGAAGUAUAAAGAAUUUAAUUCAUUUGUUGUUACAUGUUUUCCUUUAAUUCAUGUACCAAGAACUGUAUAACCUUUAUUUGAAUUGUAGCUUCUUGAUCUUAACAGCAUAAUCAAUAUGUAUCAACUCUAGUGUAAGAUUGUUGGCUGGUGCUACACCCAAUAAAGGUUUUGAAUAAA